UAAACCCAAUUGUUAAAGACAAGAUAAUCUUGUCUAUUGAAACAUCAAAACAUUGUUUUUGUAACAUGUACUUCACAACAAGAUAACAUGAGCACUAAUUUACAAUCGCCCACCAAAUUAACAGAAUUCGCCCCACUGCAAGUGGAAGAAAAGCCACAGUCUGUCACUCAGUACAUUUCCAAGUUCUUCAAGAGCACUAAACCUCCGGAAAAGUCGAACAGCAAUGAACCAGAAAUUUCGGGCGAUUCUAUACCAAACUGGGCCGUUGAUACAGCAACUGAAGCUAAAUUUGGGGAGUCUGAGACUCCCAAUGUGUAUCCAGUUGAUGUCAAUGAAGGGAGAAGUUUGCCUAAUGUAUUGAAGAGGAUUAGUAAUUUGAUAGCUCUUAAAACUACAAAUUUACAAAAUUAUGGUGACACGGAGUUAAAACAGUAUUGGAUGCCAGAUUCUGUCAGCAAAGAGUGUUAUGAGUGUUGUGAGAAAUUUACUACAUUUAAAAGGAGACAUCAUUGUCGCGUUUGUGGUCAAAUAUUUUGUUCACAAUGUUGCAAUCAACAAAUACCUGGCAAAAUAUUUGGUUGUACAGGUGAUUUAAGAGUUUGCACUUACUGCUGUAAAGUAGUGUUGUCAUAUUUGCAGUCAUCUGAUGUAGGUGCAGACUUGACAGCAGAUUUAAGAUUGUUACAAGAAAAUCUUCAAACAAAAUUUGGAGAUACUUUAUCCACUGUUUCAAAACAAGAGUUAUUACCAAAAAAUUCAAAUUUAAAUGCAGGAGAUGGUGGCAUGUUAAAAAGAAAAAUUUCAGUUGGAUAUCAGGAAGAAAAGUUUGUAGCUGAGAGUACGUCGAUGUCCUAUCUAACCGCCGAAGAGAAAAUCAAAGCUUUGCAAAAUUCGAUAUCGUUAAGGAAUUUGUUCGAGGAGAUUUGCAAGCCAAACCAUGGCGUAACACUUAACACCCACAGGUAUCGCCUACGGACCUAUGCCGAUUGUUUUUUGGGUUCUGAAUUAGUUGACUGGCUGAUAUUCCAGCAAAAGGCGAAAACUAGAAUCCAGGCGUCGACUAUUUCGCAAGCUCUGCUAGAAGGGGGUUACAUAGAAAGUGUCUCUGAACCGUCUACCUUUAUUGAUGGAUACGCUUUGUACAAAUAUGGGAACUUGACCUCUUUGGCUGUUCAAGAAAAGUAUUCCAGUUUCGACGUUCCUUUUCAAGAUGAACCGAUUUGGGUUCAGCAAAUACCGCACGAAUCAUUUUCAACAGAUUCGGAGAAUGAACAAAACUCACCAGUUAAUCGUGGAUCGAGGCAGUUUACUAAUUCUUCGUCAUUCACACUUGAUUUAAAUAUAGAAGCGAAUACUGUUUACUUGUCAUGCCCCUUAGAAUCGCCUUCUGAAGUAAAAGUCACAGAAGCGCCAGUUGUCGCUUGUGAUACAAAAGAAACUUUGGAUGUUAGACCAUCUGAGCAAAGAGAAAUGGGUCCAGAAUCAGGCUGGUAUAAUCCAUCCACUUUACGUGAAGAAAAUGGUGAGAGGCAUGCUUAUAAUUUAUUGACGGAAACUUAUGAACAGCAUGAACAAAACUUACUAAAACAAUUGUUGGUGUCUAUGGGAUUAUCUCUUUCUUGGUCACAAAUAAUUUUGCCUUUACUACCAGAUAUUAUUAAUAAUAUCAGGCCUGACAAAAAUCAUGAUGCUAAUGAUCUAGAUAUUCGACAGUACGUGCAGUUUAAGAAACUGCCUGGAGGCAAGAGAAGUAGCUCAUGUUUAGUUAGAGGAGUCGUUUUUACGAAAAAUGUGGCUCAUAAAGAUAUGCUUACAGAAAUAGACAAUCCCAAGAUUUUGCUACUGCAAUGCGCCAUUGUUUAUCAACGAACGGAAGGAAGACUUAUGUCAUUAGAACCAGUUUUGAUGCAGGAACAUGAAUAUCUGAGAAAUGUGGUAGCGAGGAUAGCUGCUUUACAACCAGACAUCGUCUUAGUACAAAGGAAUGUAUCGAGACUUGCUCAGGAUUUUCUACGUCAAUUUAAAAUAGUCCUGAUACAAAACGUGAAACAAACAGUGAUGGAACGACUGUCGAGAUGCACCAACGCCGAUUUGGUUACUGCUGUUGACGCACACAUAGGUCGACCUAGAUUGGGUUGCUGCAAGAAGUUCUACUUAAAAAAAUACGAGAUUGAAAAUCAAACACCAAAGACGUUAAUGUUUUUCGAAGGAUUACCCAUGCCUCAUUUGGGUGGGACCGUAUUGCUGAGAGGCGCAUCCAGAUCUGUGUUAAGCAGAUUAGAAAAGGUUGCCUCCUUUAUUUUAUUUACAGCUUAUAACUGGAGACUCGAAAAGUCAUUUCUUAUGGACGAAUUCGCACAACCACCCGACACCAAAUGUGAAUUUUUAGAUGACAGUAAAGAAAACUCCCCGAAGCUGUCCACAGCGAGAUUUAUUUCAUCGGAAUUUACGAAAUCUGAAACGACGUUCAAAACCGAAAAAACAGAGCACACCAACGAAGGGAAAAAAAUCGUCGCCGAAGCAAUAAAUGAUUUCACCGAUCCUUUACACAAUCCAGAAAGUCAAGUCCCGUCCACAGAAGCAUUUUCCGUUGCCGAACUUCCGUUUUCUAACAGUUUCCGCAAAGCGUUGGACGAUACGAUUUUAUGUAUAUCGCCGUACGUUUUAUUUCCCAUUCCAUAUUUAGAAACGGAAAUGGGCAAAAAGUGUCCACUCAGACAGUUCUUCCCCGCCGAAAUUUAUUACAGUGAACAGUUCAAUAACAUCAAGAAGAAUAAAUGGAGGGAGGAGAAUGAAGAAUCGACGAAAAAUACUGAUGAUGUUAAGACAAAGAAAACUUUACAUCCAUUCUUAACUGCAAAAAUUACUACCAGUAUGGAUGAUCCACACAUUCAAAAUCUUCUGGCAAAUUUCCGAGCUUGCGGUGGUAAUUAUAAAAAGCGUGAAUUUAUUAAAGAAAUUAAACAAAAACCGGAAAAGAAUCUUUUGAAAAUAGUAGAUAUUGACCGACAAGAUGUUUUAAGUCCAAUGAAUCAUCAAAGGCUUGCAGUAUUAUUUUGUAGUUAUAGUAAGGAGUCUAGAAAUGCACCUGCAUUUUGUGUUAACCCUUGGGUGGUUUACAUGGAUUUUUAUGCAAGGAAUGAUAUUCCCCUGGGUUGCUUCCUCGAAAAAUAUUGUUUUCGAUCGACCUACAUGUGUCCAUCAUCUACUUGCGAAACACCAAUGGACAAACACGUAAGACGAUUCGUGCAUAAUUUAGGUUGCGUGAGCAUAUCUCUGAAUAACUUCGAAAAUGAGUUCAAAGAAGAUAACAUAGUCAUGUGGACCUGGUGUACAAAAUGCCAAAGUGUGUCACCAGUAGUACCAAUGUGUUCUGACACAUGGUCAUAUUCUUUUGCCAAAUAUUUAGAAUUACGAUUUCAUGGGGAUUUAUAUAGUAGAAGAGGUCAAUAUGCUUGUAAUCAUAGUUUACACCAUGAUCAUUACCAAUAUUUUGGAUACAAGAAUUAUGUUGCUUCGUUCAAAUAUUCCUCAGUUAAUAUCUGGGAGAUUUCAUUACCUUCACCAAUUAUUUCGAUUACGUACAACAUCGAGAAACUCCACAAUGAACUGAUUGAUGAAGUGAAGAUAUCUGCUCAAAGGGGACACGAAAUUUUUUCACUAAUUCUCGAUAAGUUGUCCUGCAUUCUUUCCGACGAUACAGAAUCUCUUACAAACUGUAAGCAUUUAGUGCAAAAGGAGCAGAGUCAAUUUAAGCUGAUUGUUGAAGAAAUUCAGCUAAAGUUAACAUCUCCUACAAUUGAAAGUAAAUCAUUUUCAGAACAAGAUUUACACAUUCCAUAUUGGACAAUCAUAGAUACGUUAACGAAAAUUAAAAGGUUAAUUGUGGAAACAGUGGAAAACUGGAACGUUAGACUAAUGGAAAUUAAUAGAGAGAGAAAAGAAUCUGAUAAAAAAAGGGACAAGUCUGUAAGUGCAGACUUGGACAAUUCUACUGUUUCUGAGGAAAGAACCGCAAGCAUUAGUGAAGAUCUCCGCAAUGAAGUCUUUUCUGAUGAUGUAACAGAUGAUGGUGCUUCUUUAAAUGGGAAUGAAGAUACUGUUGACAAUAAAAAAGAAUCUGACAAAAAAACUGUAAAAACAAUACUUUCACAACUCUUACCAACUUCAAAUGCAUCAGUAUUUAUGACUCAACCAUUUAGUCCUCAAGAGCACUAUAAUCUACCAACAGGUGUUUAUGGGCCUAUAAUAGUAUUUGAAAAUGAACCAAGUUCUAUUAUUGCUUAUGCACUUAACUCUUUGGAGUAUAAAAAAUAUUUUGAGGAACUAAAGAAACCCCUAAUUGAGCAAAGCCCAAGCCCGGUAAAUAAACGAAAAGGGACUAUGGAUAAAGAAAAUACCAAAGAUGGCGACGAGAAAUCUGGUUUAUUAGGGUUUUUAAGAUCCAAAGAUGCAAAUAAUUUAACGUCAUCGUUAUCGUCGAGUCAAUCUGUUGAACAGAAUUUAAACACGGCUGAUAAAAAUGAAGAUGUUAAAAAAAAUAAGAACGCAAAUAUCGAAAUACAGUUUCAGGAUUCGAAUUGUAAUUUCUUUUGUCGGAUUUACUUAGCCGAAAAAUUUGCUGCUUUAAGAUCAAUGGUUUUACCAAUUGGAGAAGAGGCAUACAUCAGAUCACUUUCUAGGUCUGUCCAAUGGAAUGCCAGAGGUGGAAAAUCUGGUUCAAAUUUUGCUAAAACUAUAGAUGAUCGUUUUAUAUUAAAGGAAAUGUCAAAAAGUGAAGUACAGCUAUUUUUGGAAUCUGCUUCUAAUUAUUUCGUUCAUAUGCAACGCUGUUAUACAACUGGUCAACCAACACUGUUGGGAAAAAUUGUUGGAAUUUACCAAAUCAUAUUUAAAAAUAACAAUAACAUAACUUUGCGUACACAUUUUCUGGUCAUGGAGAAUUUGUUUUAUAACAGAACAGUUUCUCAAAAGUUUGAUUUGAAAGGGUCAAUGAGAAACAGGUUAGUCCAUCCAGAGAAUCAAGAAGGCGAAAUUGUUUUAUUGGAUGAAAAUCUCCUGAAAAUGACCUGUGACAAUCCUUUAUACAUUCUACCACAUUCUAAAUCAGUGCUAAUUGCAACCAUACAAAAUGAUACUGAAUUCUUGUCCACGCAGUCUGUUAUGGAUUACUCUUUAUUAGUUGGUUUGGAUUCUGAAAAGAAAGAACUCGUCUUAGGAAUAAUAGAUUACAUCAGAACCUUCACAUGGGAUAAAAAAAUUGAGACCAUGGUAAAGAAAAGUGGAAUUUUGGGAGGCCAAGGAAAACUUCCCACUAUUGUUUCACCUGAGGAAUAUCAAAAGCGGUUUAUUGAAGCAAUGCAUAGAUAUUUUUUGGAAGUUCCUGACCACUGGGCUGGACUAGGAAAAGGUCUAGAAUCGUAAAAAAAUGGUGGAUUGCCAGAAUUUUAUAUUUUAUACAAAUGAAUUACAAUUAAAUUUUUAAUAAUUUUUAAGUCUAAGUACA